AUGAACGCUGCUUUUAGUGGCGGUCUUGUUUACGAAUUCACACAAGAACCGAAUAAUUAUGGCCUCGCGAAAGUUUUACCAAACAAAGAUAUCCAGUUGUUGCGUGAUUUCACCCAGUUUCAGAGCAAGUUGGCUUCUCUUCCAGAAUUAUCAAAGACACAAGAUAUCGAACGUAAAAAAAUGCAGUCGAGACCCAGUCCCCGCUGUGCUGAGAAAUAUUCCAAUAUAGAUGUCUCCAAAGGCCUCCCAAUCUCCCUUGCGGGAAAUCUUAUUCAGAAACGGGUCAAUAUAAAACGGGGAAAAUUAGUGGAGGUGAGAGGCGUGGAUGCGGUGUCUCCUUAUAAAGUUAUGGAUGUGCAAGGAGGAACUUAUCUUGAACAUCCUCAGGUCGAGCUUCGGAAGCCAAUCAACGCUAAUUGGACAUCGGGGAAAACGCAAUCCCCUCCUGCAACGAAUGGUAUGUUUUUCCUACUCUUGAUUUAA